AGACACCGCUCUCUGUCCCUACUCGCCGACUCCUGCACCUCCAUGCGGCAGCUCGUCCAAGUCCACGCCCACAUGAUCGUCACCGGCCGCAUCUCCGACAACUACGCAGCCAGCCGCCUCCUCUCCUUCGCUGCCCUCCACCCUUCCGGCUAUCUCCCCCACGCCCUCAACCUCUUCACCUCCACUCCCUCCCCCAACUCAUUCAUGUACAAUACCCUCAUCCGCUCCCUCGCAGCUUCCCCCGAUCCCUCCCGCGCCCUUCUCCUCUAUCCCCAAAUGCUCCUCCACGGCCCUCCCCCCGGCCGCCACACCUUCCCUUUCCUUCUCAAAGCCACCGCCACCACCGGCGAUCUCUUCUCCGCCAAGCAGAUCCACACUCACGCCUUUCUCCACGGCCUCCAUUCCGAUCCCUAUGUCGCCAAUGGCUUGAUUCGUUGUUACAGCACCUGCGGUUUUCUCGACCAAGCACGCCAGCUGUUCGACGAACUGCCUGAAAGGAAUUCUAUUCUCUGGACCACGAUGGUCAGCGGCUACGCUCAGAACUUCUAUUCGAAGGAGGCGAUGGAGCUUUUUCAUGAGAUGAUGAGAUCUGGAAUCGAGCCCUGCGAUGCUACUCUCGCUUCGGUCUUGUCGGCUUGUGCUCGAUUAGGAGGGCUCCAGUUAGGUCGGCAGAUCCAUGACCUCAUCACAGAGAAGGGGAUCGAGGUGGGGACGAUACUCGCCACAGCUCUCAUCGACAUGUAUGCCAAGAACGGGGAGAUCUCCGUCGCCCGUAACCUGUUCGACGAAAUGCUUGAAAGAAACAUUGCAACAUGGAACGCAAUGAUCUGCGGAUCCGCUCACUAUGGUCACUCUAGAUAUGCUCUGGAGCUCUUCCAACAGAUGGAGGAGGAG